CAUGUCCCGGAGCCUGAAGAGGAAGAAGAGCCACUGGACCUGCAAAGUGCACGAAUCUGUCCUGUGCAGGGACGAGCAUGGCCGGGUGGAGCUGCAGCUGCAGGGCGGCGCGGAGCACGGGCUCUUCCCCGUGGUGGGAGCCCUCCCGGCGGGGAAGAGCCCGGUCCACAGCGGCAGACUGGUCCAGGACGAGCUGCUGCUGGAGGUCAACGACACCCCGGUGGCAGGGCUCACCACCCGGGACGUGCACGCUGUGGUCCAGCACAGCAAGGACCCGGUGAGACUCAAGUGCGUGAGACAAGGGGGCGUGAUAGACAAGGACCUGCGCCGCUACCUCAACCUGCGCUUCCAGAAAGGCUCCGUGGACCACGAGCUGCAGCAGAUCAUCCGGGACAACCUCUACCUCCGCACCGUCCCCUGCACAACCAGGCAGCCCAAGGAAGGAGAGGUCCCGGGGGUGGAUUAUAAUUUUGUGACCAUUGACCGGUUUAUGGAACUGGAGAAAAGCGGAGCCCUGCUAGAGAGCGGAACGUAUGAAGAUAACUUUUACGGCACCCCGAAGCCCCCGGCCGAGCCCAGCGCUCUGCUGCUCAAUGUAACGGACCAGCUGCUGCCGGGCGCCAGACCUAGCUCCGAGGGCAAGAGGAAGCGGAACAAGUCGGUCAGCAACAUGGAGAAGGCCAGCAUCGAGCCCCCCGAGGAGGAAGAGGAGGAGAGGCCAGUUGUCAACGGCAACGGCAUCGCUGUCACCCCAGAGUCCAGCGAGCAUGAGGACAAGAGCACAGACGCCUCAGGGGACAUCGCCCCACAGAACAGCCCAGCGGAGGCCUCCACCGAGCCGCCCAAAGACGACGGCCAGUCGCCAAAGAUCACGGUGCCCAAACUAGAGGAGAACGACGAGCUCGGGCCCCUGCCGGACAACUGGGAGAUGGCGUACACAGAGAAAGGAGAAGUCUACUUCAUAGACCACAACACCAAGACAACAUCGUGGCUGGACCCGAGGCUCGCCAAGAAGGCAAAGCCUCCCGAGGAAUGCAAAGAGGACGAGCUUCCGUACGGCUGGGAGAAAAUCGAUGACCCCAUUUACGGCAGCUACUAUGUCGAUCAUAUAAACAGAAGGACCCAGUUCGAGAACCCAGUCCUGGAGGCCAAGAGGAGACUCCAGCAGCAGCAGCAGAUGCAAAGCCAGGGUCUGUCCUCACUGCCCCUCCCCUCCAUCUACAGAGAGAAGCCGCUGUUCACGCGGGACCCGACUCAGCUGAAAGGCAGCUUCUUGUCCACGCCGCUCCUAAAGAGCAACAUGGGCUUCGGCUUCACGAUCAUCGGAGGCGACGAGCCUGAUGAAUUCCUCCAGGUCAAGAGCGUCAUCCCCGACGGGCCGGCUGCAGCAGACGGGAAAAUGGCCACAGGCGAUGUCAUCGUCUACAUCAACGACGUGUGCGUCCUGGGCACCACCCAUGCCGACGUGGUCAAGCUCUUCCAGUCGGUGCCGAUCGGCCAAAGCGUGACGCUGGUCUUGUGUCGUGGUUAUCCUCUGCCCUACGACCCGGAGGAAGCUGCCAACACCAACAACAACACCACCACCACCACCACCAUCAUCUCCCCGCUGGGCAUCAUGGAGCAGCGGCCCAUCAUGGUGAACGGCCGGACGGGCUACGACAACUACCUGGAUUACCUCUCCCGCACGGCUCGCUUCGUCACGGACCCCAGUCAGGACCAGGUCAACGCCCAGCAUCUCCUCCCUCCUCAUCCUGGCGACACCCACUUGGACGGCUCCCUCCCUCCCACCACUGGCACCACGCCUCCCGACAGCGUCUCCAUGGCGUCGUCGGGGGCGACCCAGGGGGAGCUGCUGACCCUGACCAUGGUGAAGGGGGCGGACGGCUUUGGCUUCACUAUCGCCGACAGCGCCACGGGCCAGCGCGUCAAGCAGCUGCUGGAGCCUCAGGGCUGCCCGGGCCUGUGCGAGGCAGAUCUGAUCGUGGAGAUUAACAAGCAGCCGGUUCAGGGCUUCACACACACGCAGGUGGUGGAGCUGCUCAAGGAGUGUGCCGUCGGAACCGAGACCAGCCUGGUGGUGCAGAGAGGGGGAACAGGUCACUAUUCACCCUGGAAGACCCCUAAGCAGGUGCUGGAGCAGUGGGAGUCGCAGCAGGUCCAGGGCAGCCCAGCUCAGACCAGCCUGUCGGCCCCUGUUAUCCCCCACAGCGCCCCCUUCCCGACACACCAUCUUCACAGGGCCUCGGUCCCAGACUCGGCCUCCGAGGCCCUGGCUAAACCCGACCCCUAUGACCUUUAUGAGAAGUCCAGGUCUAUCUUUGAGAGUAGGCAACCCGGCCAACCGAGGACUGUGUUUCCUGUGGACUUGACAGGAGCGGAGUACCAGGACAUCGAGGUCCACCUGCGCAGGCAGAAAUCUGGGUUCGGGUUCCGGGUGCUUGGGGGAGAUGAGGCCGGGCAGCCUGUGAGUCCGGAGACGCGUGAGAAGAUCUUGAUCGGGGCGAUAAUCGAGAAGAGUCCGGCGGAUCUAGACGGACGCUUGCGGCCCGGUGACGAGCUCCUGUUCGUGGACGGGAUCCCGGUGGUGGGGAAACCUCACCGAUACGUGAUUGACCUGAUGCACGGGGCGGCACGGAACGGUCAGGUCAGCCUGGUCAUCAGGAGGAGAGUGCAGGCGCCAGGUGAGCCCUGUCCGGAGAACGGCCGCAGCCCCGGCUCGGUCUCCACGCAGCACAGCUCCCCUCGCAGCGACUUCACGUACGCUAACAGCACCGGCACAAACCCACCGCCCAACGCCUGCAUGGGCAACGCGGCCUCUUCGGACGGGACGUCGACUCCCAGCGCUCAACCCAGUGACGUCAUCAUCAACAGGAAGGAGAGCGAGGGCUUCGGCUUCGUCAUCAUCAGCUCGCUGAACAGGCCCGAGGCGCCCGCCGCUAACACUGUGCCCCACAAAAUCGGCCGCAUCAUCGAGGGAAGCCCGGCCGACCGCUGCGGGAAGCUGAAGGUGGGAGACAGGAUCCUGGCUGUGAACAGCCAGUCCAUCGUCAGCAUGCCACACGCUGACAUCGUCAAGCUCAUCAAGGAUGCAGGCCUCAGCGUCACCCUGAGGAUCAUACCACAGGAAGAGAUCAGCAACCCCCCCUCGGCCCACAGCUCAGAGAAGCAGAGCCCCAUGGCGCAGCAGAACAGCCCUAAGACGCAGCCCGGCAUCGUGGCCUCCGAGCCCAGCCCGGCAGCCACGGAACUCAACCUCUCCGUGGGCCAACCCAACCCGGUGCCCCAUCAGAGCCCUGUGACCCAGCUGCCUGCCCCUCCGCCUCCGACCUACGUCCACGAGAGCAGUUACAGGUCAGAAGUGAAGGCGAGGCAGGACGUCAAACCGGACAUCCGACAGCCGCCGUUCACGGAUUACCGACAGCCGCCGGUGGACUACCGGCACCCCCCUGUGGCCGACUACCGGCAGCCGCCCACGUUGGACUACAGACACCCGCCGCUGCUGGACUACAGACAGCUCGCCGCAGACACCAGGCAGUACAUGCCUGAUUACAGAAUGCCACCAGUUCAGCUCACACAGGACUUCGACUUCUUCACGGUGGAGCUGGACAAAAGUGUGAAGGGCUUCGGUUUCAGCAUCCGUGGGGGACGGGAGUACAAGAUGGACCUGUUUGUCCUACGACUGGCGGAGGACGGUCCGGCCAUCCGCAACGGGAGGAUGAGGGUCGGGGAUCAAAUCAUUGAGAUCAAUGGCGAGAGCACCCGGGACAUGACCCACGCCCGAGCCAUCGAGCUGAUCAAGUCCGGAGGUCGGCGUGUCCGUCUUCUCCUGAAGAGGGGGACAGGGCAGGUCCCAGAGUACGACAAUGCUGCCCCAUGGGAUGCUCGGCCUUCAGCCUCCCCAAGCCUGUCGGAAGUAGCCCCUCCCAUCGACAGCCUUUCCAUGUCAUCGCCUUCAUCUCAUCUGGCCCCGGCCCCCGACCCACCUCACCUGCUGCCUCUGGACGUCCCUCGAGACGCGGGGGCACGGGACGGCCGGCCGGAGCGAUCAAAGAGCCCCCAGAAGGCCGAGCUGCUAAACCCAGAUCCGAUCGGCCAGGGGAGGAGAGCGGCUUCAACCGGCGGCAGCGGCAGAGCGAAGAAAGAGGGUGGCAGGUCCUCCCACAAGGUGCACAGGGUGCAGCCCACUACUGAGGGGGAAGGGGGCAGAGAGGGGCAGAGUGGGGAGCUCAAAGCUUCCAGGAGCACCAAAGGGAGGUCCAAGGAGAGACAGACGGGGGAAACCAGAGAGUCCACCCACUCUCCCAGCUGCUCCAAGCUCCCACACACCAACGGGACCAGCCGAGAGGACGUGGAGCGUUACGGCGUCGGGUGGCAGCAGCAGGUGGAGUCGGAGCAGUGCAAGCCCAGGCCCAGGGACCACAGCCUGGGAGAGAGCCGGCCCAGCCUGCCCAUCAAGACCACCAGCAGCGGCGGCGGCGGCGGCAGCGUAGCAGGGAGGAAGGUCACGGUCUCUCCCGGGCCCUGGAAGAUCCCCGGGUCGGACAAGCUGCCCAGCACGCUGCGCACGGGCACGUCCACGCUGAGCAGAUAACAUCACGGCUCCGGGCAGAAGACAGUGGCCACACUCAUCUGAGCUACACCACCAACAUCUGGAUGACCCCACCAUCGCCCCCCCCAUCCUCCUGUGCUUCUUUAUCUCCCCACCCCCUUUACUCCUGUUCUCCCAUGAACCAGAGUCAAAACCACGGGGCUGGCGGGGGGGGGAGGCAGGAUGAUCUGGACCAAGUUUAUUUAUGAUACUGUACUCUAAAUUAUUUUGAGAAAUAUUUUACACCCACCACCUUAAUAACUGGUAAAUCAUCCACUUUUUUAAAGAAAAAAAAAAAA